AUUACACCUCCUGGUUACAGAGGAGUUGUCCUUUUAUAACUUAAUUGUCUUUAACUUCCCCCUUUUAGGUGCACAGGCGAGAUUUAAAUGGACUCGUCCUGGCCGUGUGUGAUUGUUAGCGACACAACCUCGAUAAAUGAAACUACCACUUCCUCAUAUUCCUCCACUUCGGGCUCCUCCCCCUGCAACCCGACGCCCCCCCCACCCGCCUUGUGUCAAGUUUCAACAAGCAAAUGUCAGCAGUCUCCACCCUGCACGCCGCCCUGCGUGCACAUGCCUGCAGUAUCGGCUGAGACCAGGACCCGAGCCGGACUGGGAUCCCUCUGUGGGAAGAGGGUGCUGCGAGGAUGAGGACUUGAUGAUGCAAUCAGCCGCGUGUGAUGAGCGUGGACACGGCCGGCCCUGCUGAUAGUGGGAUCGAUAAGAAGUGGCCGGCUGCGCUUCUUCCUCAACAUUCGUGAGCGUCAGACAGGCAGCACCGGCUGGGAAGCGGAUCGCUGGUCUCCUCCAGGGUUCAUCAGGACUUCCUCCGUCCCCCAUGGUGCCGUCUCUUCAGACAUCCCGACCCGACAAAGUCUAAUUCCUCGCCAGCAGCAAUGGACCUGACUCUGUGGCAGUACCAGUUUAGGAUCAUCAUGCUGGGGGACUCCACGGUGGGCAAGUCCUCCUUGCUCAAGCGCUACACUGAAGACCUGUUCCUGGAGUCCAUCAACCAGACGGUGGGUGUUGACUUCUACGUCCACUUCCUGGAGGUGGAGCCGGGGGUCCGCGUCAAGCUCCAGUUCUGGGACACGGCCGGUCAGGAGCGGUUCAGGUCAGUGACCCGUUCUUACUACCGCAACUCAGUGGGAGGUCUGCUGGUGUUCGACAUGACCAACCGGGCCUCCUUCGACCACGUGAAGGAGUGGCACGCCGAGGUGUGCGAGCGGGUGCGGCCGCAGAAGGUCCUGUUCGUCCUGGUGGGACAGAAGAGCGACCGCGGCGACGACAGGGCGGUGAGUCGGGAGGAGGCCGAGAAGCUGGCCGGCCAGCUGGGGGUCCCCUACGUGGAGGCCUCCGCCAAGACGGGCCACAACGUGAAGGACGCCUUCGAGCUGCUGACUCGGCGGAUCUACCAGGGGCUGCUGAGCGGCGAGGUGGAGCCGCAGGACGGCUGGGACGGCGUGAAGUGCGCCGCCCGCCGGCCGCUGCGGCUGCAGAGAGACGACCCGGCCCGGCCCAGCGCGGCCCCCAGGAAGUGCUGUCCUUAGGACCCGCCCCUUCCCCGCCCGCCACAACGUGACCAUCAGGAAACACUGAUUGGCACAUGUUUGAAAUAUUUUGCGUAUUUGUUUGUACGAAGCUUUGACACGUGACCUAAAAUGGCUUAAGAUUGAACUUCAAACCCACUGACUGAUGACAGUGACCGUCCCACCUUCUCGUGGUCCCCCGAGGACUCGUUUGUCCUCCGCCAGCAGGUCCACUUGCUGCGGCGAGGAAACUAAUGGAGCUCCGGUCUGCAGCCAGACGUUGUUUUCCGCCGACGAGGGCGUGAAGUUAAACGCGGCUGCUUCCCGACGCGAGCGUCAGGCCGACUGUACAAAACAUUCUGCGUCGUCUGCAGACUGAGACUGAAUUAACGCUUCGGGCGUAGUCAGUCUUUGUUGCAGCACAUGCUCAGUGAGCGAUUGUUGAAAUGAAUUAAAAACUUCUAGUGCCUCUGGA